CCACUCUGUCCAAUGUUACAUGUAAUGGAGCUGCUGCAAACCAAAGACUCUCUGUCUGACUCGAAGAGAGAAGAAGAAGAACAACAACAAGAAGAACAAGAACAAAGAAGUAAAUAGUUCGGUGAGCUUGUCCGGCUAUGGAGGAGGGAACAGAGGAAGGAAGGUCUUUAGCUGAAACCCCAACUUACUCUGUGGCCUCCGUUGUCACUGUCAUGGUCGCUUUCGGCUUCUUCUUCCACGCCUGUCUCAAAUGGACUGCCAAGUGGUUGGAUAGAACUAAGAGGAAGUCUCUUCUUGCUGCUCUGGAGAAGAUCAAGGAAGAGCUGAUGCUCUUCGGGUUGCUAUCUUUGCUGAUGGGUCAUUGGAUCGAAUUCAUAGCCAAGGUUUGUAUCAAGUCCUCUGCCCUUAGCAGCCGAUUCUAUCCGUGCGCAAGGCAAGACGAUUACAAGUCAUCAACAGAGCAUUUAACUUUGUACUACUUGAAUAGUUCGGUUUCUAAAGAUCAGCAGGCGUUAACUGGACAGCGUAAUUUUUGUCAAGAGGGCCAUGAAUCUUUCGCAUCAUACGAAAGUCUAGAGCAGCUUCGCCGGUUCUUGUUCGUUCUUGCAGUUAUCCAUGUCUCUUACAGCUUCGCAACCAUUGCUUUGGCCAUGAUACAGAUAUACAGCUGGACAACAUGGGAAAACCAAGCAAAAACAAUGGCUAUCCAAGGAUCAGAAGGUUGUCCACCAAGAGAGGCCUCCGGUAAUAUAAGAAUAAUGCGAGUGUCGACUUUCAUUUUCCAUCACACUUCUCAUCCAUGGAGCCAGCACAGAGUUCUUGUUUGGCUGCUCUGUUUCAGCCGUCAGCUCUGGAGUUCCAUAAACAGACCUGAUUAUAUGGCGUUGCGCCUGGGCUUCAUUAAUAUGCAUGAACUGCCAUUAUCAUACGAUUUUCAUAACUACAUGCUCCGGAGUAUGGAGGAAGAGUUCCGGGAUAUUGUUGGCAUUAGCAUACCACUUUGGAUAUAUGCGAUACUCUGCAUCUUCUUAGAUUUUCACGGAAGCAACAUUUACUUUUGGAUGUCAUUCCUUCCAUCACUCCUGAUCCUUCUCAUCGGUACAAAACUACACCGCAUCAUCAUAAAGCUGGCGGUUGAAAUCAUGGACUCGUGUCCCACAGGAGACCAGCAAUUCAAGCUGAGGGACGAGCUCUUUUGGUUCGGAAAACCGAGGCUUCUCUUGUGGCUCAUACAGUUCAUAUCUUUCCAAAAUGCAUUUGAGAUGGCAACAGUCAUCUGGUCCCUGUGGGAAAUCCGAGACACUACUUGCUUCAUGGAUAACCGCAUCCUCCUCGUGAUCCGACUGGUGUUCGGGGUCGUGUCCCAGUUUUGGUGUAGCUUUGUUACUUUCCCACUCUAUGUUAUUGUCACUCAGAUGGGUUCGAGGUUCAAGAAAACAGUGAUAUCCGAAAACGUGAGGAGAUCACUACAUGGAUGGCAGAGAAGAGCAAAGGCGAAGCAGCACGGUUCUUCGGCCCCACUCCUCGGCGCGAUGUCAGUUGCAUCGUUGGAUUCCUUGGUGGAUGAUGAUGAUGCUGAAAGAUCUGUUGAUCCCAUUGAAACCCAUGAUACGGAGUCGAUCACCUCCUCAGCUCAGGAAGAUAUUUCCGCUGCGCAUCUAGAUUGUAAUCUGCCGCAGCGGGAAGAUCAUCAUUCAAAGCUCAAAAAUGAUGAGUGGCCAGAUAAAAUUCAUCGUUACCCACUUUUUGAUGGUCAUAAUAGUGAUGGAUCUUCUGAUCGCGAUUAAUUAUGAAUUUGAUCGAUUUAUGCGACUUUAUGAAUGUGAAAGAUGUGGAAAGUAUAUGGAAUACAACAAAAUUUGUUC